GACGUAAGUUGUAAAAAUGGAAUCAUCAUCGCAUAGUAUGAACGGACUUGGUGUUGCCACUGGAGAGGGAGAUGACAUGCCUUAUGAUGUGAAUAUGAAGCUUGCCCUGAUCGGAGAUUCUGCGGUCGGAAAGACUUGUUUGCUAAACAGAUACAUUCAGGGUACCUUUUCCAGUGAAUUUUACACAACAAUUGGAAUUGACUAUCGUACGAAGAUUGAGACAAUCGAUGACAAAGUAUGCCGUCUUGAGGUUUGGGACACUGCAGGGCAGGAGCGGUUCCGAGCCAUAACCAAGUCGUACUUACACGACGUGGCUGGCGUGUUCCUGGUUUUUGAUAUAACGACUCGCACAUCGUUUACCAACAUCUCUACAUGGAUUCAACAGAUCGAGAACAGCGGAGUGGAGGAUGUUUGCUGCAUUUUGAUCGCCACGCACGGCGAUCAGUUGGAUCGCCGGCAGGUUUCCGACGAGGAAAUCAAGGAGCGAGCCGCCGCGUUGAACUACUCUUAUUUUGUCACCAGCGCCGUGGAUGGACAGAAUGUGAACGAAGCCUUCCGCGCCAUGGGAAGUCUGAUUCUGAAGAAGUCGAAGAAGGACGAGAGCGAGAUGGGAAGUGGGAGAAGGGGGACAUGUUCAGUGUAGAUACUCCAGUUGUGUUGAAGAAGCACGAGAAAAGUGGAGGUUGCUCCUGCUAAUUACAUAAUCAGCUUAUUUUUUUUGUUA